AUGUCCUGUAAUAUAAAGUGUGCUGAUGUUAUCACUAGAUUUAGCAAUAUGUUGUUUCUUGUAUCGAGUAAUCUGACAGACGGGGAAGAAGAUCUGCCUGAAGACGCUUUCUCGCUGCUGUCGGUGCUCGUAGUUGGAUUCCUCCUCGUGAUCCUGAUAUUCUUCUCCGUUGCCGGCAACGUCUUGGUCUGCGUGGCGAUUUACACCGAUCGCGGACUACGGAGGAUCGGCAACCUCUUCCUGGCCUCCCUGGCCGUCGCCGACCUCUUCGUCGGUGGGCUGGUGAUGACCUUUGCCGGGGUCAACGAUCUCCUCGGCUACUGGAUCUUCGGAAUGUGGUUCUGCGACAUCUGGAUCGCUUUCGAUGUUAUGUGCAGCACUGCCUCUAUUCUGAAUCUAUGCGCCAUAUCACUCGAUCGUUACAUACACAUCAAGGAUCCCCUUAGGUACGGCCGUUGGGUGACCAGGAGAGUUGCCAUUGGUGGCAUCAUCGUUGUAUGGCUUCUAGCAGGACUUAUAUCCUUCGUACCGAUCAGUCUAGAUCUUCAUAGGAAUGAUGAUCAACCCAUGUAUGAAGAGAUAGUGGAGGAGCACCCUACGUGUGCCCUAGACAUUACACCUACCUAUGCGGUGGUGUCCUCUUGCAUAUCUUUCUACGUGCCCUGCAUUGUAAUGCUGGGUAUUUAUUGCAGGCUCUAUUGCUACGCGCAGAAACACGUGAAAAGUAUCCGAGCAGUGACGAAACUGCCGGACACCUCCAUGGCCAAGAGUUUUCGCUCGAAGAGCAGUCGUUGCAAGCCACCGAAGCCGCAGACGAAGACGAAGCCAACCAGCCCUUAUCAUGUGUCCGACCACAAGGCCGCGAUCACAGUUGGUGUAAUCAUGGGCGUAUUCCUGGUAUGCUGGGUGCCCUUCUUCUGCGUCAAUAUCGUCGCAGCCUACUGCAAGACCUGCAUAUCUCACCGAGCGUUCCAGGUUCUCACGUGGCUCGGUUACAGUAACUCGGCCUUCAACCCGAUAAUCUACAGCAUUUUCAACACUGAAUUCCGGGAAGCGUUCAAGAGGAUCCUCACGAAGGGGGCACGCGCGCGAGGCAAUCAGCCAUCGACCAGCGAGUGCGGCGAAUUCCGUUCAGUGGUGGUGCAGAAGCGGAACGGUUCCAUGGUCGAGUGUAACAUCAGUCCAAGAUCGAGCGCAGACAGCUGCCAGGUCGGCGUCAUGGCUCAACGACAUCGCGACACCAUCGUCAGUGCCAUAUAAAGCGAGCUUGUCUUUCGACUUUCUCGGUCGCUUUAAACAAUUUCUUUCCUGGAUCUCGCUCUCGCUGCUCGCCUUUGAAGUCGUCGCGAUCGUGCUUCAUAUCUCGUCGAAGAAUUUGCGAAUCUGGAGAUAUCAUUCUGGCAGAGAAUAACAACAUUAA